CGGCGUCUGCGCAGUAGAGCGGGAGGCGGAGUGGGGCUCUGUUUGCUCUCAAUCCGCUGCUGCCCUGUGCCCUCCAUCCCUCUAGCUGAGACGGGCUGGCACGGAGCGGGAGUAAUCUGACGAGGUCUGAGGAGGAUGGCGAGGCAGAUCCGCCGCCGAUGAAGGAAGUCUGAUGUAGAUGCUGAGCCAGAGGAGAGCCCUGGCAGCAGCAGCGGCAGCAGCAGCAGUAGCAGCAGCAACAGCAGAAGGGCUGUAGAUGCCCUCUCCUCAGGUGCGGCUCCAGCCCAGGCCUCUGCUGGAGAGCUGGGUCAAAGAGGGGACAGCUCCUGCUCUGACUCUGACAGCUCUAUAGACUCCAGUUCCAGUGAGGAGGACAAGGACGAAGGAGAGGAAGCAGACCCAGCCAUGUUUUCCUCCAAGUUUCUCAGCGGGGCGAACCCCCUGAAUGCUAUGUCUUCUGCUGUGAAUAAGUUUGGUUUGUUUGGAGAUGAUGGGGAGGGGGAUAAAAAGUCACCUUCACAGCAGGGGAGGAAACCAUCAGGAGAACCACAACCUGGACAGGGCCCUGGAAAGGACACUCAACAAGAGCAGGCACCCAAAAAACCCAGCCAAGGUCCCCCUAUGCAAAAGUCUCAGCCUUACCCUAAACAGGGAACACCGCAGCAACGUGGCAAUGGACAGACUGCUCCCCCACCAAACAAACCUGCAGGACAACAAGCUAAAGGCCCACCACAGCAGGGUUCACCUAAGCCUGGAGUUCAACAGCAGGUUCCGACAAAGAAUGGAGCACAACCAGUAUCUCCAAAACAGGUUCCACCCAAGAUGACAGUGCAACUGGACUCUGCUAAGAGUGGCGUACAAAAGCAAGAACUUGUAAAGACUGGGGUACAGGGGCCCUCAAAGGCUGGUUCAGAUUUAGCAAGUCAGCAGCAGUCAUCACAAAAUACUAAACAGGACUCACCUAAGGUGGGACAACAGCAGCAAGGGGGCAGGAAACAGAUCUCUGGUAGACAGCAAGACAUUAAGGGUCGAGGCACACCUGAAGUGACACCUGUAGGAUCUCCCUUGUUGGGAGCAUCCAAAGCUGGACCCCAAGCAAAAUCAGUUUCUAAACCUGUUUGCUCAGUGUGUAACACAACAGAACUUAAUAUCCAUACCAAGGAAACACCAAACUAUAAAACCUGUACACGGUGCAAAACUGAGGUGUGCUGCUUGUGUGGCUUCAGUCCUCCAGACGCUGAUGGACGUGAGUGGCUUUGUCUAACCUGCCAAAUACAGAGAGCUCAAGGAACUUCAGAGACACCAGGACCUUCCAUCAAAAAGUCCUCACCAAACACAACCCCUGCUCCUCAAAACCGGCGGCCGUCACCUGGUGAACCUAUAAAAAAGGACAUUUCAGCACCAGGUUCACCGCAGAAAGUGCAGUCUAAACCAAUAAAAGUGCCAGUUAAAGAUGAACCUCCUAAAGGACUGGAAAAUCCAAAGCAAAUCAGUAUUGACCAAGCUCAGAGAAUGACACCAGAAACUCAGCGAGCAGCAGGAUCUCCAAAACAGCGUCAAAGUGGUCAGCCUGGCCAGUCGCAAAGCCCUGUCACUCCAGCUCUCCAGCAGGCGUCUGGAGGUUUAUUUGGCUUUAGUGGGGGUGCUAAAAGCGAAUCUGCAAAACCGGACGAGUCGGUGACUGGGAAGAUGUUUGGUUUUGGCUCCUCUCUUUUUAGUUCUGCAUCAACUUUAAUUGGCUCAGCUGUUCAGGAAGAUAACAAAACCACACCACCAGUUUCUCCCAAAAUGCAGUCUGCGAAAGACACUAAAGUGGCUCCUAGCCAAAAGUUAGAACUAGAAAAAAAGCAGCAGAAACCUCAGGAGGGAAGGACUCAGUCAGCAGGGCAGAAAGCAGAAAAAUCAUCUGCAGAGACUCCAAAGGCAGCAACAGCCUCCCUCCAUCCUCCCAACAAGGGCCAAUCCACUUGUCCGAUCUGUAAGAUAGUGCUCAAUUUUGACUCGAAGGAUCCUCCCAACUACAACAGCUGCACAGAAUGCAAAAGCACUGUCUGCAAUCAAUGUGGAUUCAAUCCCAUGCCAAAUGUGAAAGAGGAAAAGGAAUGGCUUUGUCUGAAUUGCCAGAUGAAACGAGCUGCUGAAGGAAUUAAACCACAAAAAGAAGUAUCAUUGGGUGAUUCAUUUAAAAAGACUGCCACACAACCUGCACCUCAAAAAACGUCUGCCCCAAGUUCUCCCCAGAAAAAACGAUCAACAGCAGAAGUACAACAAGGUAAGAUUGAAGGACCACAAAGCCAUAAGGAGACUGGCCAAGCUCCUGGACAGAAGACACCUCAGCAGAGCCAGGGAACAGAUCCUCAGAAACAAACCAGCCAGACCAUUCGGCCUCCACAAAAAACAGGAAAUGCCACAACACAAGAGUCUGGUGGCUUUUUUGGUUUUGGUGGUCCUAAAAAUCAAAGUGAUGCAGCAAAGCCUACGGAAUCAGUAACUGGGAAAAUGUUUGGUUUUGGCACCUCCAUCUUCAGUUCUGCUUCAACUUUAAUUACUUCCACUGUCCAAGAUGAUCCCAAAUUUACACCGCCUGUUUCUCCCAAGAAGUCCCCUGCAAAGGAUCUCAGAUCUCCCACUGUCAAACAACAAGAACAGGAUAAGAAACCACAGCAGCUACAACAAGCCACAGGUUCCACACCAAUGCAGCCAAAAGUAGAUAAACCUAUCUCGGAAUUGCCAAAGAAAGGAUCAUCCUCACCAGUUAUUUCCAAGACAUCCGAUUCAAACUGUCCUCUCUGUAAAGUGAAACUGAAUCUGGGCUCCAAGGAUCCUCCAAAUUACAGCACCUGCACAGAGUGCAAAAACAUUGUCUGCAACCAAUGUGGAUUCAAUCCCACGCCAAAUGUAAAGGAGAUGAAAGAGUGGUUAUGUCUCAACUGUCAGGUGCAGAGAGCACUUGGGGCAUCUGAGCCACCAGGAACACCUGUGAUGAAGCUACGGGCCUCUCCAAACAAAACCAAUGCAUCUGCUGAUUCUCUAAAGAAAGAAACUCCAUCACAACAGAAGGAAAUUCCAGCAGUAGUUAAAUCUAAGGAGACCUCACCAUUAGUCCCCGCUCAGCAGAAAUCACAAAAACCAGUUGAGCAGUCAGCAAAAGUUGAGAAAAUACCUGAAUGUCAGAAACAUGUCACUCCAGAAGCUGGUCAGAAAUCUCUGGAACAAGACCACAAGACAGGUCACAAUAAACCAUCAGACCAGAUGAGUCAAACUGAACAUAAAAAGAGUGGUAUUUCAUCAACCAAAGAGGAAGAUGGAAAGUCCUUAAAAUCUGGUGGACCCAAGCCUCAGCCUGAUGUUACAAAACCUGCUGAAUCACUUGGAGGCAAAAUGUUUGGCUUUGGUUCCUCCAUGCUCAGUUCUGCUUCCAAUAUAAUAACAUCCGCAGUCCAAGAUGAAUCAAAAACAACACCACCAGUUUCUCCCAAAAUUCCAGUUGCAAAGGGGACCAAAUCAAUUCCUCUUCAGAAACAUGACCAAGAGAAGAAACUGCAGCAAGAUCAGCAGACCAAACACUCUCCAUUGUUGCAAGCCAAAGUAGAAAAAGGGCCACCAGGACAUGUAAAGGAUGCAGUAGCUUCAGAUGGUCAGAAGGCUGGCCAGUGUGCCUGUCCCCUCUGUAAGACUGAACUCAACAUUGAUUCCAAGGAUCCUCCCAAUUACAACAAAUGCACAGAAUGCAAGACCACUGUGUGCAACCAAUGUGGAUUUAGCCCAGUGCUAAAUGUGUCAGAGGUCAAAGAAUGGUUAUGUCUGAAUUGUCAGAUGCAAAGAGCUCUUAGUGCCGCUGAAGUCACCGGACCUUCCGUUAAACCAGAGAUUGAAACACGCAAAAGUUCACCUUUUACUGCAAGUCAGAAAAUCCAACAUCCUAAACAAGAAGAAAGUCUAAAUAAGGAAUUACCCGACAAAACGGUAGAACCCCUAAUGUCGUCUCAAAAGAAGGGAAGCAGCACACCUGGUUCUCCUCAGAGGACACAGCGUGCAGCUUUACCACCAUGUGCAAAAGGACAAGAAGCUAAAACACAGCCUAGCCCAAGCACUGGCCAAACUCCUCCAAACGCUCAAAUGGUAACAAGUACCCAGAAACAGACUGACCAGGCAAGCAAGCUUGACCCAAAACACAGUAAGGUGAAACCAGAAAUUCAGCAGGAAUCAGAAAAAACAACUGGCUCAAUAGAUCUGAAAAAAGUGUCUGGAGCUUCAAAAACAACUGAUACCUUGGGUGGAAAGAUGUUUGGAUUUGGUUCAUCUAUUUUCAGCUCAGCAUCAAAUUUGAUAUCAGCUGCUGUUCAGGAAGAAUCCCGGACUAUGCCGGGUGGCUCUCGUAAGAUGUCUGCACCGCCUCAAAUGUCUGGGAAGAUGUCUGUUUCACCCAGUAUUUCACCAAAAAAUACACCUUCAGUUUCUCCCAAAAUGUCACCAGCAAGAGAGCCAAAGCUUCUUCCUCAAAAAUCAGACCAAGUAAAGAAACCAGCGGAAUCGUAUGUGAGGAAAGAAGACAAAGCUUCAACACAGCCACAUAUAGGAACAGUCUCUCAAGGAUAUUCAGCUGGAGGUCAAAAUAUCUGUCCACUUUGUAAGGGUGAGAUGAACAUUGACUCUAAACAGCCACCAAAUUACAACACCUGCACUGAAUGCAAAACCACAGUUUGUAAUCAAUGUGGAUUUAACCCCAUGCCAAUGGGUGAGGUAACGGUGAAGGACCAGCUCAACACGACACCGCCAGUUUCGCCCAAGAUGUCUCCUUCAAGAGAGGCAAAAUCUCCUACUGGUCCAAAGGUAGAACAGGAGAGGAAGUCACAACAGCAGCAGCAGUCUGACGGUCAACCAAUUGUAGAACCAAAAGCAAAUGACAUCAAGCCUUCUGCCUCCCAAAAGCUUGAGCAGCAGAGCAAAGCAGAGUCAUCCUUGCAGAUGAAGACCCUUCUACCAGUAAAAGCCAAAAUUGAUGAAACCCCAUCAGAGCUUUCGAAGCCUAAAGCAGGUGUCCAAAUAAGUGUCAAACCAGAACAAUCCACCUGUCCUCUGUGUAAGAUCAAACUCAACGUAGACUCCAAGGAGCCACCCAAUUACAAUAACUGCACUCAGUGCAAGAACACAGUGUGUAACCAGUGUGGAUUUAACCCGAUGCCAAACAAAACUGUGGUUAAAGAGUGGUUGUGUCUCACAUGUCAGAUGCAGCGAGCGCUUGAAGAGACAGAGCCUCCGGGAGUUGCUUCUCUCAAACCUCAAACACCUGCUAAACCCAAAACCGGCAUAACUAGCCCAGCUGAGCCUGAAAAGAAUGUCUCAUCUGCACCACAGUCACCUCAGAGGAAAUUGUCUCCUAACGCACAGGGAAAUAUAUCCGAGACAGUGGCCAAGCAAGUGCUUAAUAAACAGGCCAGCCCUGUCUUUUCAAAGAAAGCCCCACCAGAGCAACAGAAAGUGUCAAGUCCCAUCAAAUCACCAGGCCAGAUUAAGCAAGCCGAGCAUAAGCAGAGCAAUGCAACUGUGACACCACAGAAAGAUUUGGGAGGCUUCUUUGGAUUAGGUGGGGGUAAAAUUCAUCCUGAUGUGGACAAACCAGUGGACUCUGUCUCUGGAAAGAUGCUUGGCUUUGGUUCAUCCAUUUUCAGCUCUGCCUCUACCUUGAUAACAUCAGCUGUUCAAGAUCAACCCAAGACCACUCCUCCAGUAUCUCCCAAGUUACCCCUUGCAAAAGAGGUCAAAUCCCUUGCUCCCAAGGAGCAAAAGCAACCAGAACCUCAGCAGUCCAAGUCACCUGCUGUGGUCCAGGAUAAAGCUGAGAAGGCUCAGCUAGAUGUUUCAAAGGCUAUAGAAGCCUCCCAAGGUGCUGUCAAACUGGGUGCCAGCUGUCUGCUCUGUAAGGCUGAAUUGAACAUGGGGUCUAAGGAUCCUCCUAACUACAAUACCUGCACUGAAUGCAAGAACACAGUCUGUAACCAGUGUGGAUUUGACCCCAUGCCAAAUCACCACACCUCCAGUUUCUCCGAAGAUAACCCCUGCCAAGGAUACAAAAACACCCACUACACAGAAAUCAGAACCACCCCAGCAGGACAAGCCUACUCCACCACUUUUUCAGGCCAAGCCUACUAUACCCCUUCAACAGGCCAUGCCUUCAUCACCCCCUCAAAAAGACCACCCUACUCCACCUAUUCAACAACACAUGUCCUCUCCACCACCUCUGCAAACCAAACCAACACAAUUAUCUCACGAAGUAAAGCCUACUCCACCAUCUACACAGGUCAAGCAUACUAUACCACCUCAACAGGAAAAACCUACUCCUACAACUUCUCAAGACAAACCUACACCAACACCUCCCCAGGCCAAGACUACUCCACCACCUCAACAAGACACACCUACUCCGCCGCCAACUCAGGACAAGCCUAUCCCACCACCUCCCCAGGCCAAGCCUACUCCACCACCUUACCAAGGCAGGUCUACUCCACCACCCUCUCAAGAAAAACCUACUCCAGCACCUCCCCAGGCAAAGUCUACUCCACCACCACAACAGGACCGACCUACUCCUCCACCUUCUCAAGAUAA